CACGAUAUUUGCGACAAUGUCCCGUUUGAUUGUGAAAAAUCUACCCGCAUACCUGACGCCAGAUCGCCUUAGAGCGCACUUCGCUCAACAAGGUGCUCCCUCUGGAACCAUCACAGAUGUGAAGAUUUCACACAAGCAAGACGGCACAUCGCGUCGAUUCGGUUUCGUUGGCUUCAAGACGGAUCAAGAAGCAAACGCUGCCAGGGACUGGUUCGACCGCACGUUCAUAGACUCGACGCGAAUCAAUGUCGUGGUUGUUGCAGGCGCGAAGAAUGCUCCAACUCCUCGACCAAAUAAAAGAAGACGCCUGGAAGAUACCACUACUGACCCAGGACCGUCAUCGCGACCACAUGUUCACAAGGUGGAUAAAAAUGGUAAGGCAAGCACAACAGUCCCGUCAACAUCAGCGUCUUCGCUAGAUCAGUUCAUGGAUGUCAUGCAAUCUCGCACGAAAAAGGGCCCGUCGUGGGCAAAUGAAGCUAAGGAAUCUCAUCCAGUACUGCCGGCCAGCUCUCCCGAGACAACGAACGUAUCUGAUGGACCACCUAAUAACGAGGCCAUCUCGGACCUCGAGUGGAUGAAACAGCGUAUGAAUGCUUCAGAUUCACUACCCGACAAAGUCUUUGAGCAAUCGGAUAACGAGCAUGAGGUUAACCAGAGCGCCAUUCCUGAAGAACACCUGGACUCGUCAACCAAAACGAUUUUGCAGACGUCUCGAUUAUUCCUUCGAAAUCUUGCCUUCUCGUGUACGGAAGCCGAGAUCAUGGAGCUAUUUCAACCAUUCGGCGAAGUUGUAAAGGUACAUAUGCUCAUGGACUCCUUCUCUAAGAAGCCGAAAGGUUUAGCCUACGUGACCUUCAAACAGCCGACAUCUGCCCUCUCGGCGCAUGAGACGCUGGACAAGACGUCCUUCCAAGGUCGUCUUCUCCACAUCAUUCCUGCUGUUGACCAAAAAGGCAAGUUCGAGGUAGUAGAGGGCGAGGGGAAAAAGCAAACGUUAAAAGACGAAAGAGGUUCUCGGCGUAAAGCCAUGGCUGGGCGGGAUUUCAAUUGGAGUAUGUUGUACAUGAAUAGCGAUGCAGUGGCAUCGUCUAUUGCCGAUCGAAUGGGAAUUGCCAAGUCAGAUAUUCUGAAUCCCGAGUCAGACAAUGCAGCAGUCAAGCUUGCGCUUGCAGAGACGCAUGUUAUCCAAGAGACGAAGUCGUACCUUGAGUCCCAGGGGGUCAUCCUAUCGUCAUUUUCUUCCCGAGCGCGAUCCGAUACUACGAUACUUGUGAAAAACAUCCCCUAUGGCACCACUGCGGAACAGAUACGUGAGAUGUUCGAGGUACACGGAGAACUCAGCCGCGUCAUCGUACCACCGGCAGGUACCAUGGCGGUGGUAGAAUUCGAGCAGGCAGAUGAAGCUACCAAGGCUUUCCGAGCAGUAGCUUACCGACGUCUCGGAAGUAGUGUCGUGUACUUGGAGAAGGGUCCGUUGGGCAUGUUCCUGGAGACUGCGGAUGCCGCACGAAACUCAGGCCGUACGCUUACUGCAUUCAAGCCGAUCACUAUCGCUGAACAGGAAGAUGGCACCGGUGCUGAUGUAGACGAGCCUGCUUUGUCUGCUGGUACGACUUUGUUCAUCAAGAAUCUGGCUUUCAGUACCACUACAGAGCGUCUGACGCAAGUCUUCCGGAGUCUUUCUGGAUUCUCGUUCGCGCGAGUACAGACCAAGCCUGAUCCCAAACGACCUACUGUUCCUAGUGCUGAAGCCCCCCGGCUGAGUAUGGGGUAUGGCUUCGUGGGGUUCAAGACGGCCGAGGAUGCGAAGAAGGCUAUGAAGAGUAUGCAGGGCUUUAUACUUGACGGUCAUUCAUUGCACGUCAAGUUCGCUGGGCGCGGAACAGAAGACGAGCCUAAGGACAAUACAGUCGCCAAGAACAGGUCGACGAAGAUGAUAGUGAAAAAUGUUCCAUUCGAAGCUACGAAGAAGGAUAUUAGAGAGCUGUUUGGUGUCCAUGGUCAUCUCAAAUCCGUACGUCUUCCGAAGAAGUUCGACUCGCGUUCGCGUGGUUUCGCAUUCUUGGAGUUCCUCACUCGGCACGAAGCGGAGAACGCAUACGCUGCACUACGACACACGCAUUUACUUGGGAGACAUCUUGUACUUCAGUGGGCAGAAGAGGCUGAACAAGAUAUAGAGGUGCUACGGAAGAAGGCGGGCGUAGGGUAUGGUGAUGGUGCUGAACUACCUGGGCGUAAACGGAAACUUGAGAUGGCGGGAAAUGAUACGGGUGGUGAUAUAGAAUGAUGACGUAUGUAUGGAAACUAGUGGCCACCUUAUUUAGCAGGACGACCUUUUGGUACCAUGAUUAGACGCGACGCGUCUAUUUCCACGCCACCAACAUUAG